AUGCCGCAGCACUACAACGUGGGGCUAGGUGGAGGGGUUCACGGCUUGUCCCUACCGAGUGCCGCCAGUUUGCAGCAGCCACCGCCAUCCCCACUGCCCCCACACACAGUGGGUGCUUCCACUGGCGACGUAGAACGUCAGAAGCUUCGAGAAACUCUCGCCAAGAGGAUGAACCAAAAGAAGAUAGCUGCUGCAGCACAACAGCACCAGCAGCAGCGGCAGCAGCAGUCCGUGUCCGGUACCAAAGCAGCAAAUGUUACAGCAGCAGCAGCAGCAAACUCAGCCUCCGCCGUCAUAUUCGCCAUAUACGCCUUCACCUUGCAUCAGCGACAGCCAACGCGUGCCUCGCAGCCCUCUGCUCCGCCGAUCUUCCUAUCAGGCUCUUCAAGCCGCAGUGGCGGCGGCGUCGGUGGUGAUGGUGUUGGUGGUGGUAGUGCCUGGAUCUCAGGCUCUCCGCAGCAGCAUUCUGUGUCGUCCUCUUGCAUAAAAAGCUCCGCACGCAGUUUGCCUUCCUUCGAGUCAUGUUUUGGCAUGCUUUCUGCCUCUCGCCGCAGCACCUCGGUCCAGUCGCCGAUGGCAUCCACUUCGCCGCCUGUGGUGGCAUCACUGGCCAGCAGAACAGUUCCGGCGUCGCUUUGCUCACCCCCUGUCCUUCCCGCCUCGUCGACGGCUGUUGGUCAUCAUCAGCAUCAUCAUCAUGAAAGGCAAGCCCAUCCACCAGCGCCGCCGCCGCCGCAGUGCCAACCCGCAACCACUGCCGCCUCCAUUAUGGACUCCUCACUUCUGCCGACACCGGUCAAUUCGUCUGCCACAUCGUCUGCUGCAGGCGUGGAGAAGGCGGGUUUCGAUCCGCCCGUCAUCUUCUCGCGUGUCGCAUGCGGUGGUGCAGGCAAGGAGAGACCUCUCUUCUUCAUACUGUGGCUCGGGUACUCUGCAAUGGCGACGUCCGAGGGCUCAGACAUAUUGGACUGCGCUGGCCUCAGCCAAUUCUGUGUCCCUCUACGUUCCAAAGGCAUGCGCGGAAGGAGGGCAGCAUUGGUGUUGAGGUAG